CUCCAAUUUCACAAUGAUUCAUAUAACACCUGAACAUGAAUCUUCAAUCAUCGUCGCCGCCCUAACAAACGUCAUUUCCGGCGAGGGUAUCGCCGGAGUAGAUCUUCAUCUGCCCAUUUUACAGGAAACUGUGAAAUGUCAGUUAUGCAGAAUUGAAGGCUGUUUGGGAUGCACCUUCUUUGGCGGACCCGGCGCCGGCGGUGAUAAGAUGAACGGGAAAAACAUGGGUUCGGCGGCGAAUGGGAAUAAGAUUGAUAAGAAGAAGAAAUACAGAGGAGUUAGACAGAGACCAUGGGGGAAAUGGGCGGCGGAGAUUCGUGAUCCUAAAAGAGCGGUUAGGGUUUGGUUGGGGACAUUUGAAACAGCGGAGGCGGCUGCGCGUGCUUAUGAUAAGGCGGCGAUUGAGUUUCGUGGGGCUAGAGCUAAACUUAAUUUCACUUUUCCGGCGACAACGGCUAGUUGUGAACAGAGAUUGGAAAAUACUAAUGAUGAAGAGAGAUUGAAGAAGGUGGAAGUUAAAAAGGAGAGGAUUGUGAAAGAUGGUGAUGAUCUUCAAGAAUGGAUGAUGAAUCUCAUGGAUCUUAAUGAAGAUGAUUCUAUUAUUUGA